AUGCUUCUGAAUCUUCGCAGGGGAAAAAGAUCACUAGGAAUCGUACUUUUAUCCCUUCAUAGAUCUGUUGGAUCUUGUCAAAACCAGCAAAUGGCAAUCAGUAGAAACACGACAAGACAGGAAGGGCGCACAUCAUAUGUGGACAUUGUCAAGAAUCGUCUUUCGACGCUGAAAUCGAGGUUCUUUUUUAAACCAGGCGACAUUGAAAUUUUAAACUCUCCUUUGGACUUUUAUGAUUCACUGAAACGAAAGAUCUCACUAGCUGAGAGAAGAAUAUUUAUGGCAUCGCUUUAUCUCGGAACAUCUCAAGACGAAUUAAUAAAUUGCAUAUCGGAAGCACUCCAAAGAAAACCUGAGCUAAAGGUUUAUUUCUUAGUUGACGGGUUAAGAGGCACGAGGGAAACUCCGAAUAAGUGCUCGGCUUCUCUUCUUGCCCAAUUAGUUCAGAAGCAUGGCGAUAGGGUUGAUAUAAGACUUUACCGCACUCCUGAAUUUACCAAUCUUAAGAAGGCCUUGAUUCCUAAGCGUUUAAACGAAGGGGUUGGUUUGCAACAUAUGAAGAUUUACGGAUUCGAUGAUGAAGUAAUUCUUUCCGGUGCAAAUUUGUCUACUGACUAUUUUACCAAUCGGCAAGAUCGUUACUACAUUUUUAAAUCAAAAUCCUUCUCUGACUAUUAUUUUAGGCUGCACCAGCUCGUUAGCAAGAUCAGCUACAAAGUCUUGUACUCUACUUCUCUUCAAAAAUACUCAAUGGUAUGGCCGAGUUCCAACUUGACAGUUGAGCCGAUCUCUAAUAGGAAGACAUUUUUGAAUGAUUGUUCCAUCGCUUUUCAGAAGUUUCUUAAUGAUCCGGGUACAGAGAAUAGAUCUCAUGCUGAGAAUCAAACAGAAUAUCCUACAGUUGUCUAUCCUGUCUCUCAAUUCACUCCCCUUUUUGGAAAAAAUGCGGACCAUUCGACUGAGAAAAGAAGUAUUUUAAACAUUUUAUCUUCAAUCCCAAGCUCAAAUGUGCGAUGGACAUUUACUGCUGGCUAUUUCAAUAUGCUGCCUGAGAUAAAAAAACUACUUAUUGCAUCUCCUUCAAAACAGGGCUGUGUAAUUACAGCGUCACCUUUUGCGAACGGAUUUUUUGAGUCGAAAGGUGUUUCUAGUCAUUUACCAGACGCAUAUUUACACUUGUCUCAUAAGUUUUUAAAAGAAGUCGAAGAAAACGGCAAAAGUGCUGAGAUUUCUCUGAAAGAAUGGAGGAAAGGAAUAGUUAAUACACCAGGAGGAUGGUCUUACCAUGCUAAGGGUAUAUGGCUUUCGGACAAUGAUGAGAACGAUACCCGCCCCGCAAUAACAGUUAUUGGGUCCUCUAAUUAUACUAGGAGAGCGUAUUCAGUAGAUCUGGAGUCUAAUGCGAUCAUUGUGACCAGAGAUUCGGAUUUGAAGCAGAAGAUGGAAGCGGAGAUUGAAAAGCUGCAAGCUAAUACGAGUGAUGUCACUUUAAGUGAUUUCCAGAAUGAUUGUACUCGUAAAGUCAGCCCUGGCGUUCGCAUGGCCACUAAAAUCCUAGGCAAAAGGCUAUAA